UUCGAAACGGCGAGCGUGCAGUUUGGCUAUUCCGCAUUUCACUUCAAUCAUCUACACUUUGGCUUGAGCCGUCAACAAACCAACCAACAAACAAACAAACAAACAACAAGAGCUCUGCAGCGUCGACAAGCCAUGAGCGCGCUGGUGGAGACUGUUGCCUUCUCGAGCGAUUCGCGAACACAGAGCGACGGCGACUCCUUCGUCACUUCCGCCGCCAUUGCCCUCGAAUUCCCAGCAGCUGAAACCGCCAUCACUGUUGCCAACCAGAGCGGAGAACGCAGCGAGGAUGUCGCAUUCGCGCAAUCGACCGAAGAAGGGUCGGAUUUGAAUUUCCCGCGCCAGUUUGAAAAUCCGCCAACGGCACUUCCAGCCAACCCCGCCAGUCCCUUCCACGCCAAGACGGCCGCAUUCGACACAAAGCAAGGCAGUCCACUCCUGGUGUCGUCGCCACAGCGAUCAGCACUGUCGGCGCUGCGUGAGCGAUCGUCCAAUCUGCCAUUCGGAAGCGACACGAUGACAGCGCAUCCAAUGUCGCCACCAGCAUCCCCAAGAAGUCCUCUCGCAAAGACGUCUCCCACGCUGAAGGGAAAGCGGGGCAAGCAGGAUCCGGCCGUGUCCGUUCUGGUGACGCGGAAUUCGGUGCUUUCGCCGAGAUCGGCCAACGCUGAAGCAUCGACUACCAUGCCCACACGUUUGGACAUUUACAAGCUGUCGUCUGCUAGUGAUACAGAGCCUGUUGCGCAGGACAUGUGCAGGCCGAGCUCAGACUCUUCAUCACCCUGCGCCGAGUGCGCAGCCAUGCAAAGUCGCCUGGCAGCGGCCGAAAAGACGCGUCGCGAUCAGCACAAGUUGCUUGUGACUGUGCAAGAGGAUUUGAUCAAUGCCACCGAGGAUUGCAAGGCGUUUGCUGUCGAGUACACCAAGCUGCAGACCGAAGCCACCGAGCUUUGGGAGAAGAACAGCCGGAUGACUGUCGCAAUCAAAGAGACGACCCAGGAGAUGAUUGUGCUUGCAACCGACAACCAAGACAAGGAUGUCGCCAUUUUGGAGCUCGAGACAGAGCUGCGCCACCAAGAGGCGAUGGCCGAGCAUUGGCGAACACAAUUUGAAAAGUUUGAGGCCAGCGUCGAUGCUGGAUCUUCUGCAAAGCUGGCCGCGCUGCUUCAGGAAAAGUCGGAACUGGAGCGGGCCGCACAGGCUUUUAUGGCCGAAAAGUUUGAGCAAGACUCGGCGCUGUUGCAGGCGACUCUUGAAACCAAGACCCUUCAGCAGCAACUGGACAAGAAGGCGCAAGAGACACUCAACCUUCUUGCCACCCUCGAAACGGAGCGUGAGCGGUUUGCAGAGCUCCUCGGCCAAGCGCAGCAGGAAGCGCGUGCAGCCAAUGCCGCCGCCGAGCAGGCAUUAGCAUCCGCCGCCGAAGCGCGAAACAUGAUGGAAGAGUCCCAAAAACAGCAACUCGCACUGGAAAUGGAUACCACAGAGCGGGAUCAGUGGCAACAGCUGAUUGAAACUGCGCAACAAGAGAGUGCCAAGCAUUACCAAGCCGAGGAGGCUCUCGUUGCCGCAUUGAGCGACGCUCAUCAACAGCUGUAUGCUGCGCAGCAGUCGCACAACGAAGCGCAAGCCAAAACGGCUGCGUGGGCGCAGUGCGAGGUUGACGCGGCUCAGGCUGUGCAAGCAACGUUGCGCACUCGCAUUACAGCGCUGGAAGCGGAGGUCGACGCUCUGACCAGCCGCAAUGUCUCGUUGCGCGAGUUUGCAGACAGCGAGCAAGAGGCCGCAGCUGAAAUGGUUGCAGAACUGGAGCAGACCAUGCAAGCCGCGACCGAGGAGACCUUGGAAGCAACGCGCACGGCGGAUCGACUCACCACCCAGCUUCGGACUGAGCAAAAGCAGACACAAGAGCUUUCUUCUCAGCUGUCUUCCGCGGUCUCACAACUGGAGACGGUGCAGCAGGCCAUUCAAACACAUGCAGCGCACGAAGCCGAACUCGUAAACUCCCUCAACGCCAUGAAACAAGAGCAACACGAGCUCGAGCAAACGUACCAGAGCACCUUUGAAUUGUCGCAAACUCAAGCCACUCAAAUCUCAGGACUGCAAAAGGAGCUCGCGACAAUCCAAGCGGCGCUGGCUUCUGCUCAAUCUCAAGAAUCGACGCUUUCAACGCAACUGGCAGGGUUGACUGCUCAUUUGACAAAGUACAAGGAGGCAGCGUCCGCAAAGAUGCAAGUGCAGCAGGAAAACCUCAAACGAGCCGAGGAAGAGGUGGACUCGCUGGACUUGAUGCUCAGCAGUGUUCGCAGUACGCUCGCCCAAAACCGGCAGCACAUCCAGCAUGUGCCAAAGCUGGCAUCGUUGUUGGCAACACUGAAUGUGGAGCCUUUGGCGGAAGCCUCGAUUUAGAGACAAGAAAAGGACUUGAUGAUUUUGAAUUUUUCGCGUUUGAUUGUCGAUUGCUUUUGUGCCGGGCAGCUCUUGCUUUGUAAUUAGAA